CAAACACAUUUGAGUAGAUCUCAGCCGGUACUUCAAACAUCAGACGAAUGUGUUUGAACAAGAACAAAAUACCUGAAUGGCAACGAAUCAACAACAUUAUUUUAUCAUAUAUAGAAUACAAAGUACAAUGUGUUAUGCUUUCAUUCUAGACAAUGUGCUCGCUCUAUGAAAAGCAUGGGAAGAGCACCCAAUCCAGCUGACCAGCACAUUCAUUCUUCUCAUUUUGUGGCCAGUGCUCCCGAUACAGCGGCAAACCCAAAGAUACGACAACAGAUACUUCCAUUACCUAGCAUGAGGGGAAAGAGAAAUCAGAAUACAUCAUCCUCUCACAUUGACACAAAUUCCAGGGCAAGAUGAGUAUAUUACUUUCAGCGAGCAUGGGCGUCAAGCGACAUCCAAACGGAAACCAGCGACAAAUCAGAGGCGAGCAGCAGAUGGCGACUAGAGCUGUUGAAAAGAUACCACAGAGUGUUUACUUUCGGCGGCGUCGACUAGGAAAGACAGAACAGAAUCAGAUCUUGCUCAUUGAAAUGAAAGGAAAAACAAAAAAUGCUGCCAUUUUAAAUUUAAAAGUAAAUUACAAGAUGAAAGUAGUCAAGCUCACCAUCAAACCCCACAUCACACAUAGUCUAAGGUAAUGUGGUGUCUGGUGGGUAACUCUUAUUUUGAUUCUUUCUGGGUGUUUAACUACGAUCUUCAUACAUUGUACUGACUUGGAUUAUUUAUGCAAUAUGUAUACUUCACCCAACGCAAGAAAAUCAAUUGUCUUUUCAAGCAGAAGGAAGCCAGGAUCAACUGAGAAGGAUUAGAGAAAGCCAGGAUUUUUCAGUUUCUUCAAUUGGUGCCUAAUCAGUAGCGUAAUAGUAAAGAUAGCCGAAUAGGUAAAAAUUAUACUCCGUAUUACCAUAGCAACAUUUUCAAAAUUCUAUAAAUUCAAAAUUAAUUAAUUAUCAUUUACUGCCUAUAACCGUACCAAAAAUUCACAAGGAGUCAAGAAAGACAUACAUAUGCAUUAGAAAGGAGAAUCAUCAUUCAUCAAUGGUCAGGCAUACUAUAUUAGCCCGGCCAUUAAUAAGAAAACACUAUCAAUCAAUUAAACUAAGAGUCACUCCAGUACGUACCACUCUAGCGAAUAGACCAACAAAUAUAUAUGUUAGCAAAUGAUCACGACUUGAAUGUUGCAAAUUUCUUCCCCAGCCAAAGGAUUCCCUAAUAGAUAUUACACACUAACCCAAUACUAAAAUGAGUAGAGUAGACAACAAAAGACACAAUUCAGAAGAAUUGCUCAGCACAAACCUAGAUUGCACUGGAAUCCAGGAUUGAAGCCGUCUCCAUCGGGGAACUUCUACUAUCAGUACCCAUCUACAUUGAAUGGCCAUAGGCCGAGAUCAAAAUAAUGUCAGGUUAGUUCGCACACACACACAAAGAAAGAGGAUUCAACAUGUCCCUAGGACACUACAGCAUUAGCUACACAAACCCAUGAUGAAUAUGCGUUCCACUAAUAAAAUAGACACAUCUCUCUUAAAAGGAAAUGACAAGUUUUCAACUAAAAAUAAAUUUGGAUUAACUGCCCUUUUGACCCAUGUCCAUCAAUUCUCAGCUAAAAUCAUCUAAUCCAUUAGGACAAGAGACUACCCAUGCAUCAUAAAUAUAACACAUCACUUCGAGACACAUUCAUCAAAAUUAGGAACACACAAGUAUCUCAAGAUGAAAACGCAUGCAACCACCACUAAAUCUUAUCAUGGUGUUCCAAUUAUUAAUACUACGUGAAGAAAUCAUUGGUUACCCGUUAAACGAUAAUCAUCCUCCUCUAGACAAUGUUCUUGAGGACCAAUACAGAAUCCAACCACUCAAUACCUAUUUACAGAAUAUGAGAAAUAAAACAUACAAUUCCAAAUAAGACAUUCAAAAAGAUCUGUGAAGAAAUUGCAUACAAUUUUUCAAAUGAAGUCACUGAAUCAAGAAAAUGACGCAUCAACUCAACCUUCAACCAGCCAUAAACAUGUGGGUAAAUACUUUUCUAGAUACUCUCGAUUUAGAGAAUGUCUGUCUUGUCAUAUACGAGAUACAUAAUUAGUUGUAAGAAAGAUGUUAAUCGCGAAAAAUUAAAUAAAUAAAUGCUAACUGAUCCUUGCAUAUCGGCAUAAUGAAUCAUGGUAUUCCUAAAAUAGAAGCAUGGUUUUUCAAUUUGAUGUAUGAUGUAAUUCGGAAGUUGGGAUUAAACAUCCUCCAUAUUUACUUUUUUCAAUAUCAAGAUAGGAUAGCGAUCCAAAUCCCUUGAUACGUCGCACCCAUCGUUAGUCGUACCGCGUACCCGUGGCGACUUUCUCUUCCUAUAAUAUCUAUAUUCUUUAUAAUUUCAGUCAAUUCAAGGGUGUAAUCAGAGGACUUUAAGACCUCUACCGCUUAGGAUACGCACACGAGAACUUGUGGACUCAAGGAGCUAUUCUUAUCAAGAAGCAUGACAGGUUGAGUCCAUCAGCAAAAUUCAUUCCCUCUUGAAACACAAGGGAAUCCUUCCUCCUAAUGAAGAAGAAUUCUUGAAAUACUCAUCCAUGUAUUAAGCGCUAAUGACUUGGUUGAAACGCUCCAUAAAUCUUACCCCUUCAUUCGAAUUCCAUAACAUUAGAAAAUUAGUGAGAGAUAUAAUAAUAGCAACUUUCUGAAAAAACAAAUCAUAAGUGUGCAUUAGUAAAGUUAGUUAUAUCUAUCAGAUUAUGAUUUUAAGACUUUUGAAUCAAAACAAUUAAGUCAAGAUGCUUCCAAUUAAAAUUUUGUAAAUCAUUUGUCCUCUUCACGAAGAGUGACAAUCAUACCAGUGAUUCUAUCAAUCAAGUGAAAAUCAUAAGGCAACCUAUUGAUUCAUAAAGAAGUUGGAGAAAAAGGUGGAUUAAUAGAGUAUUAGGAUGUCCCUUCAAAAUCUCUAAUCCAAGCUCUCCAACCUCUUUAUGAAUCUAUAGGAUGACUAAUGAUUUUCACUUGAUUGAUAAAAUCAUUAGUAUAAUUGUCAUUCUUCGCGAAAAGAAAAUGCCUUACAAAAUUUCAAUCGUGAGCAUCUCGACUUAAUUGUGUUGAUUCAAAAAUUUUUAAAAUCACAAUCUGAUAGAUAUAAGACAUAUAACUAACCUUACUAACACACACUUAUAAUUUGUUUUUUCAGAAAGUUAACACAUUAUAUCCCUCACUGAUUUUCCAAUGUUAUGGAAUUCAAAUGAAUGUGUAAGAUUUGUGAAGCGCUUCGACCAAGCCAUUAGCGAAUACGUGAAUGAAUAUUUUAAGAAUUCUUUUUCAUUAGGAGGAAGGAUUCCCUUGUGUUACAAGAGAAGAAUACUUUGCUGAUAGACUCAACCCGUCCUGCUUCUUGAUAAGAACAGCUUCUUAAGUUUACAAGUCCUCGUGUGCGUAUGCUAAGCGGUAGAGGUUUUAAAACCCUCAUAUUACACCCUUAAGAGCGGAGAGAAAUACAUAAAAAAGGAGAAACUUAAAAAUAUAGACUGAAAUUAUAAAGAAUAUAAAUAUUAUGUUAAAUAAUCACAAUACUUCAUGGCUUGAAUUGACUUUAUAAAAGUAAAUGGCUUGAAUUGACUAAAAUUAUAAAGAGUAUAGAUAUUAUAGAAAGAGGAAGUCACCGCUGGUACGCGAUACGGCCAACGAUGGAUGCAACGUAUCAAGGGAUUAGAUCGCUAUACCAUGUUAAUGUUGAAAAAAGUAAAUAUGAAGAUGUUUAAUCCCAAUGUCUCAACUUCCGAAUUACAUCAUACGGGUCUUGAGUUGUUUGGUUGGUAUGAAAAGAAACCAUGCUCCUAUUU